AUGUCUUCUUCUUCAUUACCUAUUCCUACAUGGGAUACUCCAUUUGGUAUCAAAUUAUGGCCAAUUUUUGAUUCAACCAUUUCAACCAUUACAAAUAAUCAUUUUAUUCCAUCAAAUUUCCAAUUUGUUCAAGGUGAUUUACCAUUUUCUACAUUAUCAUCUGCAUUAACUGCCAUUUCUAUAUAUUAUACCGUUAUUUUUGGUGGAGAUUUCAUCUUUAAAAAAUUUAAUAUUAAACCUUUUGUAUUGAAUGGAUUAUUUCAAGUACAUAAUUUAUUUUUAACUAGUUUAUCUUUAACUUUAUUAGUUUUAAUGAUGGAACAAAUCAUUCCUAUGAUUUAUCAUCAUGGUUUAUUUUUCACCAUUUGUGAUAAUAAUGCAUGGACUCAACCUUUAAUUACUUUGUAUUAUAUGAAUUAUAUUACUAAAUUUAUUGAAUUUAUUGAUACUGUCUUUUUGGUUGUUAAACAAAAGAAAUUAACCUUUUUACAUACUUAUCAUCAUGGUGCUACUGCUUUAUUAUGUUAUACUCAAUUGGUUGGUCAAACUUCAAUUUCUUGGGUUCCAAUCAGUUUAAAUCUUGCUGUUCAUGUUCUUAUGUAUUGGUAUUAUUUCUUAGCUGCUAGAAAAAUUAGAGUUUGGUGGAAAGAAUGGGUUACCAGAUUUCAAAUUAUUCAAUUUAUUAUUGAUUUAGUCUUUGUUUAUUUCGGUACUUAUCAAAAAGUUGUUGUCAAUUAUUUUAUUGAUACUUUACCUUAUUGUGGUGAUUGUGCUGGUAGUAUGAUUGCUGCUUAUUCUGGUUGUGGUAUUUUAAGUUCUUAUUUGGUUUUAUUUAUUGCUUUUUACAUUGAUGUUUACAGAAGAAAGGGUUCUAAGAAAUCCAAAAUUGUUAAAUCUGUUAAAGGUGGUGUUGCUGCUCAAGUUAAUGAAUAUGUUUAUGUUUCUGGUAGAGAAAAUACCCCAGUUCCUGCUGAUGCUCCAAAAAGUGCCAAAUCUGGUGUUCGUUCAAGAAAGGCUUAG